AUGGCUCCGUCCGCCGUCUCUCCCAUCAUAUCAUCGGCUUCUCUGUCUUUCCCGACAUCCGAUCACACGCCUGGAGCGGUAGAUGGCACGCCCAACUUCCAUGGCUACGAUCACAUCACUUGGUACGUGGGCAAUGCCAAGCAAGCAGCCUCAUACUACACUACCCGUCUGGGUUUUUACACCGUAGCCUACAAAGGCCUCGAGACGGGUAGCCGCUACAUUGCCUCCCACGUCGUCGCCAAUGGCAAUAUCAGGUUCGUGCUUACGUCACCCAUAAAAUCCUACACCUGCCUCGACGAGGAUGAGCCCAUCUCUUCAGAAGAACGGACGCUACUAAAGGAGAUCUACGCACAUCUGGAGAAGCACGGCGACGCCGUCAAAGACGUGGCGUUUGAGGUGGACAACGUGGAAGCUGUGUAUAACCAGGCCGUCUCGCAAGGUGCCGUCUCGGUCCGCCAACCGCAAACAGUUGGAGACGAGGACGGAUCUGUGACAGCGGCUGUGAUCCGUACAUACGGCGACACAACACACACUCUCAUCUCGCGGGACUCGUAUCAUGGCGUCUUCCUGCCAGGCUACAAAGCCAUCCCGGCAUCCAAGGUCGAAGACCCCUUGCAGAAGCUCCUCCCGCGAGUGAGUCUCGAGGCAAUCGAUCACUGCGUCGGCAACCAGGACUGGGGACAGAUGGAAGCCGCCUGCGCUUACUACGAGCGCUGUCUCUCCUUCCACCGCUUCUGGUCGGUUGACGAUUCGCAAAUCUCCACCGAGUUCUCGGCGCUCAGCUCGAUCGUGAUGGCGUCCCCGAAUAACGUCGUCAAGAUGCCCAUCAACGAGCCCGCGCCGGGCAAGAGGAAGUCCCAGAUUGAAGAGUACGUCGACUUCUACGGCGGGGCGGGCGUGCAGCAUAUUGCUCUCCGCACCACCAACAUCAUCGCCGCCGUCUCCAACCUGCGAGCCCGCGGCGUGGAGUUCAUCAGCGUGCCAGAGACGUACUACGAGACGAUGCGGCUCCGUCUGAAGGGCAGUCAGCGGAGCUGGAAGCUCAAGGAGGACUUUGACGCGAUCCAGAAAUUGAAUAUCCUGAUCGACUUUGAUGAGGGCGGGUACCUGCUGCAGCUCUUUACAAAGCCGCUGAUGGACCGGCCGACGGUGUUCAUUGAGAUUAUCCAGAGGGAGGAGUUUGAUGGCUUCGGAGCCGGGAACUUCAAGAGUCUAUUUGAGGCUAUUGAGAGGGAGCAGGCUGAGAGGGGGAACUUGUGA